AGCAAAUCAGCCAAUAUUCACUUUAAUCAGCCAGUUCGAUAACCCUCACGUGCCACCAUAUUCCAUCACCCUAUAUCAAAAUGACCAGUAACACCAAUCCCGGCAACUUUGCCAACCGCCCAACGGAAGAGGUUCAGAAGAUCGCGAAGAAGGGUGGAGAGGCAUCGCACCAAGGCGGCUUUGCUAGUAUGGAUGCAGACAAACAGCGUGAGAUCGCUUCCAUGGGUGGCAAAGCUUCGGGCGGCUCUUUCGAACCCGGGAGCGAGGCGGCGAAGGAGGCAGGAAGGAAGGGCGGGUCAAAGUAA